UCCCAUGUAGGAUCUCAUUCCAGUUUUUUAACCAAGAGCAUGGACCAGAGAUUUCACUCAAGUCUUGCCUCAUGCAAUUCACUUCCACCUCUGUACAAUUUUCUAUGCCAACCCCUAUGUGGAGAAUGUUCAUCUCUUCCAGAAAGUCCUUGCAAACCCAUGCUUAUCCAUUAGGGCCAAUUCUAGUGGCCCUUUCUUCUGGAAGCCUUCUAUGUACCACCAGGUAACUUCCUUCAUCCUCAAUGUCUAUAAAACCACCCUCACACAAGGGGUGUCACCUCUGUCACACUGUAAUGAAAUUAGUUGUUCAUAAUUAUUUUUCUGUUUUCUCUGGGGACAACACAGACUGUUUCAAGUAUCAAAGUAUACACUGUGACUUGUGCCUUUACAAAUCCAGUUCCCCGUCCUUCACUCUUCAUUUUAUAAAUACAGAAUCAUUUUCCUGUUAACAUCACAAAAUGAAAUUCCCUAGGAAUGUGAAUGACAACUCCAGAACACACUGUUUUCUAGAAAAUGCCCAGGUUGAAAAGAACAAUGUAAACUUAGUGCUAAGUUAGAAUCCUUUAUGACAGCAAAUGUUCCUUCUCUGCCAGACUUCACAGGUGACCUUUCUCUAAACUUCUUCAGGUUGUGACUUUACACCAAGUGGAAGCAAUAGCCUAGGUAAGAACUGAAAGAAGAGAAAGUGAAUCCAAUGUAAGAGGAGUAAAGAAAAAGGACCUGUGGCUGGGCACAGUGGCUCAUGCCUGUCAUCCCAGCAUUCUGGGAGGCCAAGGCUGGUGGAUUGCCCAAGCUCACAAGUUUGAGACCAGCCUGAGCAAGAGGGAGACCUUGUCUCUAAAAAAAAAAAAAAAUCUGGGCAUUGUGGUGGGCACCUGUAGUCCCAGCUACUUGGGAGGCUAAGGCAGGAGAAUUGCAUAGGCCCAAGAGUUUGAGGUUGCUGUGAGCUAUGAUGCCACAGCACUCCACCAAAGGUGACAAAGUGAGACUCUGUCUCAAACAAAAUAAGGACCUGUGAGAUAUGUCUAGUAUACUGUUUUAAUUACCUGCAGAAUCAUGAACAUGAAGAAAUUCAUAGCUCACGUUUCUAGCAGAGUGGAGAUGAGGUGGAACUGGGGAGAACAUUGUGUGACAGGGAACUGGGGACUCUAUGAAACUUGAGAGGCAAGCUGAGUUCUGCCUGGGCCAGUGGCUCUAUUUGUUCUUGGUAUGAGGUGCACCUUUACAUACACAUUGUCUUUAGUACCUGCCAAAGCACAGUUACAAAACCUGUGCCGAUUCUGUGGGAGGUGUGCAGUUUUCAUCCAAAGUCCAGACACAACCAGCAAAACUGUCCUAUGCAGGAUGAAUUGACAUUAGAUUCCUUGUCACAGAAGCAGGAGCACUGUCCUUGGGCUUAUGUUGCCGAGUGAUCGGACAAAAGGGCCAAUUGCAAAAGUGGACCAUGUGCUAAUCUGUGGCUUUCUGCAUGUCCAAGAUUCAGACCCUCCUGGCCUGCUGGCUCCACCCACCCAGGUUACUCUAUAUUUAUGGUUGGAGGUUAGGAGGGACCAGCUGCCCCUGAUCCCCAGGACAGCCGGCUGGAUCGCCUCUCAUAGGAGCCACAGCACAGAGACUGGGAAACAUGGUUCCAAAGCUGCUCGAUUCCCGACUUUGUCUGCUUCUGCUGCUGGGGCUCAUGGCGAUGGUGGGCCCCUACCAUGCCAAACCUGCUAAUUUUACCUGGGCUCAGUGGUUUCAAUUCCAGCACAUAAAUAGGAACCCCCACUGCAAUUAUGCAAUGCAGGCAAUUAACCGUUACUAUCCACGAUGCAAAAACAAGAAUACUUUUCUUCAUACAACCUUUGGUGCUGUAGCUGGUGUUUGUGGUACCCCAAAUGAACCCUGCGUUACAAACAGCAGUAGAACAAAUUGUCAUAAUAGUUCAGUCCCAGUGACUUUCACCUAUUGUAACCUCACAAGUCGACCGACUCCUGUCAGAAACUGCAGAUAUGCACAGACAAGGACACGUGGUCUCUACGUAGUUGCUUGUGACAAUAGAAGUGCACAGGACUCUCCCCUGUAUCCAGUGGUUCCAGUUCACUUGGAUGCAGCCUAAUCUCCCACGUCAGUACUUCACGUCGUGGAUCAUCGGUCAAGCUCCGCAGUCACAGCCCAGGCGCCAUCCCUGCACGCACCGGCCUCAGCAGCUGUCCUCCUCACCCGGCUGCAGACUCCUUCAAGCUGCCCUGAGCUGAUGGGCCUUUCUAACCUUGCAAUAAAAGUCCUUGCAGAAUCAUCUAG